AUGUUAUUAUAUUCCUACUAUUUGAUCCUUUCCACGAUAAUACUGUCUCAUGGCCCUCAAUUGUCGUCAGCUCUGAGUCCAAUCACCACCGCAGGUCCAGGCACCUAUUCUCUCGCAUACACACCCACCGCAGCUGCCACCGUAGCAUCAACGAACUACACGGAGGACGGCUUUCCCGGCGGAUUUCAGGUGAUUGCGGGCACCACCUAUGAGGAUGGGUCCAUACUAUUGAGAAUUCGACCGAACACCAACGAGAGUUGUAAAUCGGAGACACUAUACCUGAGAAUAAUUGCCAUCGAUGGGACCCUGUUGAGGGUAAAUAUCAAUGGCAGUCAAUUUUCGUCGAUUAAUUUUUGCCCGGCGACGAAGGAUUCGGAUGCGAACCCAUAUUUCUACGGGGGAGCCGAGAGUUUUGGCUAUCCGACGGACAACUUCAAUAUGUUUGCCAUCGCCAAAAAUUACAUUUUGUUGAAUUAUUUGUGCGGAAAUUCUACGCAAAAUUUUUGUUGGAUGGUGGUGGAUUGGAGCGGAAAUGUUUUACAACGCGACUUACCCGCGGGAGAAAACUGUGACGCCUUGGGCAUCGCGCAAAACUUUAACCCUCAAUCAGGAUUCUUGUGGCAUGAGAAUGACAUCACAGGCGCCCUAUCGGUGAUAAAUUCCGGGACGAUAUCCAACAUCCAAAAAUUCAGCUCCAAUUUCACCUCGAUAUUCUCCACCGAGGACGGUGGUUAUGGCAUCGUCACAGCGCAAUACAGUUCCCUCGAUAACUCCUCGGGCAUCGCCAAAUACUAUCCGCCUUGGACCGCAUUUGUGAACUUUAUCAACCCGGGCACCGGGAACGACACCAAAGGUCCCUUUCAAAUCUUUCAGCAACCUAAUCAAGUUCUCAUCGCAUUAAACAUCUUCCGGUGUACCAUUUCGUUCGCGUCGUACGGGUAUAAUUGCAUAAUGUAUCAGAUCCCGCUGAGUGGGAGUCCGAGUUUUUUGAAUUUGGAUUUUCUGAAGAGCGGUGCGGUAAUCAAUACGAACCCUGUUGACGUGAGUGUAACGGGAUUGGUGGUGUGGGACACCGAGACCCUGUUCGAAGGGGGAUACUUGAUAAUGACCAUGGCCGAAGCAAAUGGCGCGAUCGACGGGAAGGUGUACGCGAACAACGGAAGUUUUUAUGCCGAUUGGGGAAUGCCAACCGUCUAUAAUUAUACGCGGCACGUGGGGGUGUUCCCAAACAAUACUAUUUGGGCGAUUGCCCUCGGGGGUGACAAUCGCACUUGGAUUUACGUCUCAAACAAUGCGUUUUUAAAUUAUAGGGAUGGUCCAGAUCCGGGAGGUUACGACAACGCCUUUGUCAAAUCCACGAUCCCGUCGAAAGCCGCCAGAAUCCCGGGAGGCACCACCACCACACUCACCAUUGACUUCACGACCGCGGUUAACCUAACAAAUGACGGGAAUAUUUCUGUGUGGCAACUUAACAGCUCCUCACAACCGGCAUACUCGAUGUCUGCCACAAUUUCUUCGUUACAUUCCCCGAACUCCUUGAAUUCGGUGGCAACUUUGUUGGGGUUCCUUUCCAAUUCAUCCUCGUCGAAUCCGAGUGUACUAUCCUCUUACCUCACAUACGCAUCCUCAUCGCCAGUCUCCUCCAUCCUUCGGCAAACCUUUUCCGGACUGAAUUCUCGGUUUGUACGUCAAAUCAACGAUACCACCGUGGAGUUUGAUGCACUGGAGAGUACAUUCAAUCAGGAGGGAGUGAUAUAUUUUGUCGUCAUGGAUAAUGGGUUCGUGGAGAAUAGCGUCGUCUCUCAACCGUUGUUAGGGUUGAAUCCGUUGGCUUGGAACUUCACCACAGAGAACAAAACAAUGUUUGUUGAUCAACUGUCCAAAGAGAUAUCAUCGGCGAUCCCAUGUUCCUCCACCCGAUUAAGCGUGAACAGGCAUUACCAAUUCGACACUAGUGUGCCUGCGCCACAGAUCUUGAUGAGGAUUAACGUGGGCGCCGUCCCUUUGACAAACGUGAGCACAGAAUCGACGACCUUGGCCGGUAUCCGAAAUGAACGAAGUUCACCGAGAGUGGUACAGGAUCUGAAUACUCUGAUUCAGAAUCGAGAUAGGAGGGCGAGGGUCGCUUCCCUGUGGACGAGAUACCGGUGGAUAUUGUUUGGCGUGUCUUUUGGAUUAUUGAUACUGCUCAUCGCGUUUUUGAUAUGUCGAAGAAGACAUAGAAAGGGAAGAAAUUUCAUAAUUUUCACAUCCACACUGACCGCCGUGGAUUUCGUGAUGGACGUAUUGUUUGUAAGAUUCAACGGUCAUGAUUUGAAAUGGUUAUUUGAUGCUAGCAAUAGAUUUAGUAGAUGGUGGUUUAGAAAUUCGAGAGUCGCGUUGACAUUAACAUUAUUGUCUGCCGUGGACGUGGAGUCUUUAAAUGUCAUAUUGAUGGAAUGUGAGAAAGCGCUCGUUCCAUUCACAAAUAGUGGAUUGAGGUAUAUUAUUAUGUUCAAUUUGUUCAGCAUUUGUAUCGAGGAUCUGCCUCAGCUUGUUAUUUUGAUACUAUAUCAACUAUACACAGUUGUCCCGGCGAUAAUACCGAUAUUGACAUUAUCAUCAUGCAGCAUAGUAUUACUGUUCAAGAUAAUAAACGUGAUAUACCUGUGUAAAGGUCCGAGAUCGCCAGAAUUAACAAAGAAACCAUCCGACGAUGGUCAAGCUGAACCAAAAGACAUUGAGCUGACACGCGACUCGUCCAACGGUUCCAGUGAGGACCCGGGAAGCGAAACAUUCCCAUCACUUUCACCAAGAAUACAGGAUUUAAUGCCAGAAGUGAAGCAUGUGUCGACAGUGAAACCGGUGAUAGAUAGCAUCAAGAAUCCGCCGGAGAACGUUAUUGAGGGUGAAUCUGCCGAGAUGGGACGAACCAGUGUAUCCCCCGAGAUAGAGCAAACCAUGUCACCUGCAUCUACAACAGUUAACUUAAUAGCACCCACGAGUGAACCAUAUAAAUCCAAGAUGAUCGAACAAAUUGAUGUUCCCGAAGAGCAAUUGACGACACCACCCAAGAAAUCCCUGCUGGGCGGCCUGUUCGGUGAAAUGUUACGGUUUAAACUGCUGACAACCACUCGGCAACUCACCUGCAAUUUAUCACCGCUCUCUUGCAUUCGCAAUCCAAAAAAUCCCAGUUUCAAUCUAAUAAAACACGAAUGGAUAAACACCAGAACUUAUGUACCACGUACCGCGAUCAGGAGCGAUUUUGGGGGAAGACGUGUUAAACCGUCAAUCAUAAGGCCGAGUAUCGACGAAGAAAGACUCGACGCAGGUACUGGCAAGAGGGUAUAUUUGAUGGACGCGUCAGAUACGUUUCGAAGGAAUUGGAAUCUUGUAAGGAAUAAAUGGCGUUCAAUGGACGAUGGGAAAAAGACCUUGGCGGUUUUGAUUGGUAUCAACGCUGUGGUGUUUGGAAUGUGGCAAGCAGAGUGA